GGUUUUCUCGACCUGUUUUGCGUGUUUUCAUAACAAAAUCGCGUAACAUCUGCAACCCGGUAGUUUUCGCUUAAAAAUGUUAAAAAUCGUUCGAAAUUCGGCUGGAAAAUUACUGAAUUCUCAGUUUGGUCAACUGGCAUUGAUUGGGCAAUGCCGAACGGUGGCAAUUCAGCAGCAGAACCAACUACAAACGAUCGAUAUCAAAAGCUACCGUGAACCACGUUCGGUAUGGAUCGAAAAUCUGGAUGCCGUCGAAGAGCGAAAGUUGGGAAUCAUGGAACUGAGUCCUGAAGUUUUUGGUGCUGCUCCACGGAUAGACAUAGUUCAUCAGAAUAUCGAAUGGCAGCGAAAGUAUCGGUUCGUAAGCUUCGCUCAUUCGAAAACGAGAAACGAAGUUCGUGGCGGAGGAAGGAAACCUUGGCCGCAGAAAGGAGGUGGCAGAGCUCGUCAUGGGUCCAUUCGAUCGCCACUGUUUCGAGGAGGUGGUAUUGCACAUGGUCCUCGUUCGCCAACAACGCAUUUCUAUAUGUUACCGUACUUUAAUCGAGUGUUGGGUCUCGUUUCAACCCUCUCCAUAAAGCUGGCCCAGGACGAUUUGCACAUUGUCCAAGAUCUACAGAUUCCCACCGAUGAUCCGCAGUUCAUAAAGGAUUUGGUGCAGGAACGUUGUUGGGGUCCUUCCGUCUUGUUUGUGGAUAGUGGCGAUUUCAUGCCACGAAACAUUACAGCCGGAUUGGAGGAAAUUGACCACAUAAACAUGAUGCCGGUGUACGGAUUGAACGUUUACUCUAUGCUGAAACAUUGUACCUUGGUGUUGACCAAGGAUGCUGCCGAGGAAAUCGAAACCAAACUUCUGGAACAACUACACCUGAACGAUACGCGAAACGUUAUGAAUAAAUUUAGAACCAGUCAGUAGAGUAAUACUAUUUUUCUUAUUGAACAAAUAAAAUAGAAGUUGGAAACAGAUAGUUAUAUUAGGCUUCGAAAUGGACUUUUCUAGCUGGAAAUCUU